ACACGCAGUUCCAUCCCGACUGUGCGACUUUCGGAGUGUGUUCGACGCGGAUUGACGUCCUCGUUUGCAAGUUUCUGAAGAGGAGCCGAUUAUAGUUUUUCAAAACGGCAACCGGUUGCUUGCUUUUAAAGGGCUAAACGUCUCCUGUAUUUCUACAUUUUUUCCAGUGAGUGGAUUAUCCAGCUACUUUGUAAGAAACGCACGAAGACGUGCGAGACGCCUCCCCUUGUUUCAGCGUGGACCUGUUCGCGUGUGGCGUGGGCUCGUCGUCGUCGUCAGUCCCCCGUGCCGCCUUCCAGUCGGGACAGCAUUUUGCAUUUUUGCCCAGCAAUUUGAAGGCUGUCCUGUGCGCCGCCCCGCGUGUCACACUCAAGGCAACGCGCGCACCCAGGCGAUGGGGCAUUGGGGCUGAAAUGACAGGAGGAUGAGCAGCCGAGGCAGCCCGCUCAAGGCGUACGACUUCCUUCUCAAGUUUCUGCUGGUAGGAGACAGCGAUGUGGGCAAGGGGGAGAUCCUUGCCAGCCUGCAGGACGGCGCUAGCGAGUCUCCUUAUGGCUACAACACUGGGAUCGAUUACAAGACCACCACCAUCCUGUUGGACGGACGAAGGAUUAAGCUGCAGCUUUGGGACGCCUCGGGCCAGGGCCGGUUCUGUACGAUCUUCCGUUCCUACUCUCGAGGGGCUCAGGGAGUGAUUCUGGUUUAUGACAUUACCAGUCGCUGGUCUUUUGAUGGCAUUGACAGGUGGCUGAAGGAAAUCGAUGAGCAUGCCCCAGGAGUCCCCAAGAUUCUGGUGGGUAAUCGGCUGCACCUGGCUUUUAAGAGACAGGUGACCACGGAGCAGGCCCAGUUGUAUGCCGAGCGCCUGGGCAUCACCUUCUUUGAAGUCAGCCCCUUGUGCAACUUUAACAUCACCGAGUCCUUCACGGAGCUGGCGCGGAUUGUGCUGAUGAGGCACGGGAUGGAGCGGCUGUGGAGACCAAACAAAGUGCUCAGCCUGCAGGAUCUGUGCUGCCGCGCCAUCGUCUCCUGCACCCCCGUUCACCUGGUUGACAAGCUGCCGCUGCCUGUUGCCUUAAAGAGCCACCUCAAGUCUUUCUCCAUGGCCAACGGCUUGAACGCCAGAAUGAUGCACGGACGCUCCUACUCCCUCAACGCCAACAACAGCAAGAAGCGGAACAGCCUGAAAAAAUCGAAACUCAUCCGCCCGCCCCAGAGCCCAUCACAGAGCUGCACCCGGAACAGCUGCAAAAUCUCAUAGCUCGCCCACCCGCCCGGUCCGAGGACUCUGCGCCUCACACUGCUGCUAGGCCGACGUUGUUCAAGCGGGACUUGCCUUGACAAUGGUUUGCCAAAUCUUAACUUCAGACGCGCAGGACGGAACCUCUCACCGUAACAGAAGCCAUUCUCUGCUCAAUAAGAAAAGGGAAGGAUGAGCAGAAAUCGAGGGAGACCACCUGGGCAGGGAGAAAUGGGAAUCCCACCCAGCAGUUUGAAAAGGAUGCAUCUUUUUAAUGAAGGUUUGCCUUUUAAACACUGAAAGCACUAAUAAUAAACGCUGCAUACCUGUGUAACAAAGAUUUGGAUACGAACAGAAGCUUUUUUGUGUAUUUAAAAUGAUGUAUGAUGUUGUUUGAUACGAUAGUGUAUUAUGAUUUGUAUUAUAAAGUUUGCUUUUUUGGAAUUAUUGGCAGUUUUACAUGCAGUGAAGAAGAGACGCCCGACGGGGAGCACAGCGGGGUCUCCGCCAAGUGUUUUUGUAAGUUACAAACUCGAUUCUUUGCAAUAAAUGUUUCAGGCCGAAAAG